AUGGAGUCAAGCACCAAAGUUGCCCUUGUAGUUGGGGCCUCCAGAGGCAUCGGCCGCCAAAUCGCACUUGACCUAGCCAGGAACAAGUACAAAGUCGUCGUGGCUGCCAAAUCUAUGAGCGAUGCAAGUAAGGUCUUGCCAUUUCCGCCACAUCAAAACUCACCAGACUCGACUAUCAAUACGGUAGAAAGAGAAAUCAGAGCUGCUGGUGGUGAUGCGACGGCAGUUCAGGUCGACACCAGGGAUUUCGGAUCCGUGCAAAGACUGGUAGAGAAGACUAUCGAGAUGUAUGGCCGGAUAGACGUCUUGAUCUACAACUCUGGUGCCAUCUGGUGGGCUUCGGUGGCGGACACUCCAAUGAAGAGGUUCCAGUUGAUGCAGCGUGUCAACCCAGAAGGGCUCUAUGCCACAAUCCAGGCUACGCUGCCGCAUAUGACCAAACAGGGUAAAGGUAGAAUCUUAGUGGUGAGCCCCCCGAUAUACAGUCGGUUCUUCCGAGGAAAGACAGCGUACGCAAUGGGCAAGGUUGCCAUGUCCGUCUUGACCAAGGGCCUGGCAAUGGAUUUGGAACGCCAAGGCCUGGACGAGAUGGCUAUCACGAGCCUAUGGCCAGCUGUGGCCAUAGAGUCGGCAGCCACCGAGGCGUUUACUCGGGAGAAUCCCGACGAGGCCAGGGACUUGAGGAAGCCGACGAUUUUCUCCGAUGCCAUCCUUGAAAUUCUCAGAGCACCUGCCAAGCUGGUUAACGGCAUGUUGGCUCUUGACGAAGACUUUCUGAGAGACCACACCGGGGUCACGGACUUUUCAGCGUAUUCGGUUGUAGCUGGCGCUCGGCCGCGGCGCAUAAUGCCUAUGAAUCUUCCUGACCUUACGGUAGCGGAGCAGGCUGAUGAAGGCCGGAGAUAUGACAGCUCCCGGGCCACAAAGGGGAAAUCGAAGAUAUAG